ACGAGACAAAAUGAAAAUGGGAUAAUCGGAUCUGUGUCAUUCAUACAGGUUUAGAUGUAGUAAACACAAAUGAGCUAGACACUUGGGUAUACCGUUAGCCGGUUGUGCACAGAGAACCACGUUUCUAUGAUUCCGUUGGAGUUUUAUGGCCAUAAUUUCGAUUCUAAUGUAAAAAAUAAUGGGUAUCAGACGACAUCGUGCAUGGUUGACAUUUCUGAGGAUGGUACAGAACGGACUGACUAAAGACUUAAGCGAAAAGUUGACCUGUAUUAUUUGUGCGACAAGACGAGAGAGGAGAUUUUAACCUAGAUCUCUAAGGACGGCACACAAGUAAGUGAAUUUCCUCAAAGACCGGAAGCCCCACCGCUAAAUGUCUCGUUUCCUAACUCACCUCCGAGGCAACUGAAAUUCGAAGACCAAUCACUGAUAAUGGACGCAGAUUGGAAAAAGACCGAGUAAAUAAAAAACACGGGGAGUCCGGUAAGGAAAUGGAUUGGGUUUAAUCGGGUGGUAAAAUUGUCGAAAGCUUUCCUUGAUGGAAUGACUGAUGUAGCUUCUAAAGGUCUUGGCAAAGCUAUCUGAAGGUGUCUGCUGAAGACAGAGUGAUGCAUCUGAGGAAUCUUACAUAGAGGUUGGAUGCAAAUAAAUUGCCAGCAUGGUUUUGUGGCGGUCCAGAAGGACCGUAUCAGUAAUGGAACCGAUGGGAGAUGCCGAACUCUCUCCACCGUCUUCUGAGGCUUCAGGCCAGGCAAGCCAGGUUGAUUCUUACACGGUGCCCCCUGCUUCGCCGGUCGAAUCCACGGACCCUAUAACCGCCGUUCAGAGAGCCAACUCACCCGAAAGGACCUCAGCGGGCCGGGAGCGCAAGACGCCCUGUGAGUGGGAGCUCAGACGCCCGCAAACUGUCCAACUCUCGGUGAAAAGUAAGACUGUCCAGAAUUCCUUUCCUGCCAAACCCAGCCGGGCUAGAUUUGUGAAAACUAAAGCUAGAACUGUUACCUCCACAAAGAACAGUCCAGAAGGCUUAAGGCUUAGUAUUUCAGGGAAUGGAUCCAGAGAAGGAGCAAAGUCGCCCCUGAGAGCUUCUGUCGGAUCUAAUGCAAAGCUGACCUCCAAGGCUGAACUUAAAGAUGAAAGCCAGUUUGUUUCGAAAUGCAAAGGGGAUUUUGGUGAACCAAAACCAGGGGCCUACGAGCCACGAUACUGGACUUGGAGCGGAAAAACGAAGGAUAAGACCCCGGAUCUGAAUCUCAGCGAGGCGGCUGGGGAUCACCUGCGGGAGAGACACCGCGGAAAUCCACGGCGAGCGCGACGUGGCUCCGUGGCGCUCCCCGUCAACCGUCCACCAACUUACGGGAAUCACCCGAAUCUACGCGAGGCGCGGCCCAAGAGCGGCUUACCGGCCUACCGACGCGUCCAUUACCAACUUCCAGGUGACUGCGGGGCACCUCGAUCCCAAUCUGGAUGUGGUAGCGGUCGGACUACCGAGAGACCACGAGGUGUAUCGUCAAAGAGUCCAACUGCUAUUCCGUCACCGCAGCCAGCGUUUGCCAGUGGGUACAUCGCUGAGAUCUUCCAGACCAGUGAUAAGUUCCUGAUAACUAGACCAGAGUCUGCGCGGCAGAGACCCGCGAGUGCACGGCCGCCUUCCAGCCCCCAGGGCGCCCAACCAGCAACCCAUCAUCCCAGCAGGGCGUACAAAGUGCGUCCAUCGAGUGCUCUGCCAAGCACGUGCACUGCUAAGAAAGACGCAGACGGAAUCAAGACUAGAGCUAGUAGCGCGCGGAUCUACAAGCCACGUCCACUUGCUGAAAGCUCAGUUGAGUUCUUAUUCUCUUCUAAUAAGCGGGAGAAUUUUCGGAUGCCGAGAAGUGACUCUCCACACCAAGACCAGUCAACAGAGAGGAGGGCACUUUCUGAAAGGCCCGAGGAGGAGAAUAGCAGGGCAUCUCUGAGUUCCUUAGAUAAUGGAACAUCGCCAUCUUCCACCGGUGUUGCACCUAAUCCCUCCUCACAGCUUACGGGCCAGAUUGCACCUUCUCAGGUAGAACCUGACUCACAGAAAGCCGACGAUUACCACAUCAACCACGUGAUGGCUGAGGAAAGACAGAACAUGGUGGUAUCGUCGUGUUCGUAUUACGAGGUCGAUGAAAUCGACCGGCCUGAAAUACCAGCCAAAGAUGAAUCCGUAUCACAAGAUUCUAAGUUGUUCUCUCCAUACCAAAGCAGUGAACAGUAUUCACAUGAAGAGACCUCCGUGGCACUGCCGCUGAGUACUCACCACGGAUGGACAAACAGUUUGGAAUGUGUCUCAAUUUUGGACGAUGUUCAACGGAACUCUCCAGAGGACUAUGAGUCUGAUGCGAAUGAUGCUCCGGACGCACAACGUCCCGAUCCCAUGUCGGCCAUUACAGUAAUGUCCACUUUGGACGACCCAAACGCUCGUGCGCGAGGAAGUAACGCGAGCCGCUCGCGAGAGGGUCCCGCGAGUGCGCGACCGCGUCCGCGCACAGCAACUACGCGCAAAGAUCUGGAGGCGCACUUUCAAGCGGAAAAACGAGCAGUGCUAGAAGACCUGCGCAGUGACCUGGGCAGAAGGCUAAAACUGCGGAAGAAGAGCGGGAUCAUGAGCGACGAGGUCUUCCAAAAGCAGAUUCGGAGCAGUUUCUGGACUGCGGAUAUGCUGUACCACCGAUGGGGUAAUGAUAUAUUGGAAAUGCGAAAGAGAUGGAAAUCGUGCACGGGACGUCUAGAGGAUCAGUCAGACCUUGGGGACGAGGAGGGGGCGGGGCCACCCUUCCCGAGAGGGCGGCGUGGCGCGUUCUCUAACGAGCGGACAGAGGAAUCCCCGCUGGACUUCGAGGCAUUGAGAUCAAUUUCGAUGGUGAAUGCCAGUCUGCAGCGCGCGCAGUCGUUAGACACGCCCAGCGGCUCCCCCACGACGUCACAGGUCAGCUUCAGAGGUCACCCGGUGGCGCGAAGGGUCACGACCGCCGAAAGUCUGAGGUCAACCACCCCGCCUCCGCUCAGCCGACAGAGCAGCAAAGUGGAGUUGCGCCCUCAAGCACCGCAGAGCCUGUCCGACGUCAACGUGGGAUUGCGGCUGCUGGCGCAUGCGUACGAGGACCCAGAAAAGAGGAGGUUGAGGCUGAGGGCGCUGUUCAUCGAGACCGUGACCAAAAUCAUGCGGAUCGCUCGAGUGGCCUUCUGCAUGAUCCGAUCGUCCAAGGAUCUUAACGUGGCCAACUUUAUGGCACAGCUGCACUUCUACAACACGCGCACCAUGGAGGAAGAGCUGACCUUCGAGAAGGAAAAAUUCUCCAGAAAAUACUCGAAACUCCACGUACCAAAUUGGGCCCGCGAAAUCGGCCUGAAGCCGCCUUGGGAUCGUACGCCCGAUGACGUCAUGGCUUUAUAUAGCAUCCUGAAGAAUCUCAAAAGUUUUGAGCGGUUCACGCACCAGAUGCGAAUGGAGAUCUGCAGGGCGGCGACGUACAGCUGUUGUGAGAAGGGGCGUGUCAUUCUGCGUCAGGGUCACGUGGGGCACAACUUCUACUUCAUCUUCUCCGGCUCGGUGUUUGUGCAGAUCGACAUCGAGGACGAGAAGACGGGCAUCAUGACUCCUUCCAAGACACACGUCAUGGAGAAAGGCACCAGCUUCGGGGAGUUGGCCCUUUUGGGAGGCGGAACCGGUAGGCGGCGGGCUUCCAUCAUCUGCCGGGAGACCACGGAGCUAUUUGAGAUCGAGAAGGAGACGUUCCUGGAGCUCUGUCCUGACAUCUUCGAGAAGGAACUCCAGGAGAAAAUCAGCUCCGCCAAGAACGUUGAGAUUUUCCGGCAGUUUCCGGCCGAGGAUUUGGAGCGUCUGUGCUUCGAGUCGUACAUCGAGGAGGUCGCCUACGACCGGGUGGUUGAGAGGGACACAGCCCAUACUGAUACUAUUUACUUCAUUCUCGGUGGGAAAGUCACCAUGCUGAAAGAAUUCGACCUUUCGGCGGCCCACAAAGACACCUCGAUUCAAGCCUACGGGGACAAGACCUUACCAGCGCCCAAGGCUGGACACGAGUCAACCAACAGAGGGCGGCAGACUCUCCCUCAAGCCACCGCCAAGAACAGUUGUUUCAUGGGGGUGGGCGAGCUACGAGAGGGCGACUGCACGGAAAUUGCCUUGAUGCACGCCGACGAGAAGCGAACUUCUCCCGGUGUCAUACUGAUUAGCAACGGCGUCAGGCUGAUGCAGAUGUCCAAGCGGAAGUUGGAAAAGUUCGCUCCAAAAGAGGUUUUGGAUAAGCUCCGUAGGCAGCCAGUGCAGACCUUGAGAAUUCCGUCGAGUGAAGACCUGUACAAGAAAUACCUUGUCGACGUCAACUGGGCGGAGUUCAAGUCUAAAGUGGUUGAUACGCUCCAGCAGGAGCAGAAGGGCGCCCCCAUCGUCAACAAGCCGUCGACCACCAAGGGGUCAACGGGAUGGGCGCGCUGGCCGGGGUCGGGGGUCAAAGGUGCGCCGAGUUGCACAGUGCGAGCAAAGAGUGCGCCUCCAAGGGUUAGAAGACGAGGCGUGGUGAGCGUGUGAAGAGAAGACGUACAUGACUCUUGAAACCACCUUAAAGCGAUCGUGCAAAAGAUGUAGAGCAAAACUCUAAAACAGAGUGGCGUCGAGCCUUCUCUUGCCGAAAUCCUUGAAACUUAAGCCUGCAGUUGCUGGGAAUCUUCUGCGUUUUGCGGCUACAUUAGAAUCACACUCUUGGAAAAAAUGGUCCGGUUAACUUAUUCUUUAUGAUGGGACUUGCAGUUUUGCUGAAGUCAAUUAAUUGAGUGUGAUCGUCCGACUGAUAAGGUUUACGCACAAAACCCCAGGCCAAUGAGGCUUUGCAUAUAGAAAGGUGGCCGAACCAUUUUUUUGGGGAAAGUGUGCUGGUUAUGUAGCAGUGACUAGGGCUGAAAUAGCCGUAGACGGCCAGCAUAUCUCAACCUUUUGUUUUUUGAGCAACACAUUAAGCGUUUUGAAGGUUUGAU